UUUUAUUUGGUACUAUAUUCAAAAUAGCAGCUACAACGAAACAACUGCACCUGCAAGCAGAGCUGCGGCGUCAGCGGAAAUGUUGAUUAAUAUGCCGUGUGGCGGCAACAGAGGAUGAAGCUUUAGCAGGCACAACUGUAGCUGUGGCUGAGGCUCGGGAUUAGGUACACCUGGCCCGUAUUAAAGACAUAACCGGGUCAAGAAAGGCCCAAACUCGUUGAAAUAUUGGCAAACGAAUUGGCAACGUGAGAUCCAGAAACAAGAAUAAACAUGGCGUCAAAUCGGACGUCAGUCACAACGCUCUACGCUGGUUCCCCUGACUCCUCGCCGGCCAGCGUGCCCAGAAUGUUGUCGUACACUCGCACUGGCGACGCCGCUGACCUCCAGCCAGACGCACGAAGCCAUACAAUGGCCCCCACCGCCUUGGAGAUGACCGAGGUUGGCCGCGGAGUGCCGGAGGGAGAAGACUUUAGGAGGACACAGCAACAAAUGGACAAGAAACUGAAGGAGGAGGACCAGAGGAGAAAAAAGGAAGAGAUGGACGGACACAUGGAGGAGAAGCUGCUCUACGGGGUGGAAGACAAUCCUCCGUGGUACACCUGCAUCAUGUUGGGGCUGCAGCACUACUUGAUGAUGGUCGAGUCGACAGUGAGCAUCCCCUAUCUCCUGACCCCCUUGCUCUGCCUACCCCCUCAUCAUGCAGCGCGGGCCCUCAUCGCCUCCACCAUAAUCUUCGUGUCCGGCAUCGUCACCUUCGUCCAGACUACGUUUGGUGUCAGGCUGCCGAUCGUUCAGGGCGGCACACACGGGUUCCUAGGGCCCAUCCUGUCCAUCCUGGCUCUCCUGCCUUGUCCUCCUCAAGCGGAGAUCGAUGGCCUUACGGAGGACGAGUUCACUCAGCUGUGGACACUCCGCAUGCGCAACAUACAAGGGGCCAUCUGUGUGGCGUCCAUCUUCCAGGUGGUCGUGGGGGCAACAGGAGCCAUCGGGGGGCUGCUACGCUGGAUCACCCCGCUCGUCAUCGCCCCCACCAUCUCCCUCAUCGGCUUCUCCCUCUACCCCAUCGCGACCAGCAAGUGUGCCUCCAACUGGGGCAUUGCUUCCUUGACCAUCGUGCUGCUGAUCGUGUUCUCCCAGUACCUGGGGGAGGUGCCGAUGCCAGUACCGGUGUACCGACAGGGGCGCUGGACGGUCGGCAGGGCCUACGUCUUCAAACUGAUCCCGGUGGUGCUGGCAGUGGGCUUGGCGUGGGCGACCUGCUGGGCGCUGACAGCAGCAGGGCUGCUCCCCGAGGGUGACGCUGCCCGCACCGACGCCCGCCUCGCGGUGGUCGCCGACGCUCCUUGGUUCCGCGUACCGUACCCUUGUCAGUGGGGGGCCCCCCAAGUGACGCUGGCGGGGACGGUGGGGGUGCUGGCAGGAGUGCUGGCCAGCAUCGUCGAGAGCAUCGGCGACUACUACGCGUGCGCCAGGAUAGCAGGAGCGCCGCCCCCGCCCCCCCACGCCAUCAACCGCGGCAUCUUCACGGAGGGCGUCGGCACCUUCCUGGCGGGGCUGUACGGCACCGGCAGCGGCACCACCUCCUACAGCCAGAACAUCGGCGCCGUAGCUGUCACCAAGGUUGGCUCGCGUCGCGUCAUCCAGUAUGCUGGAGUGAUCAUGCUGCUGUGUGGCCUCAUGGGGAAGGUGGGUGCUGUGUUCAUCAUCAUCCCCGAGCCCAUCAUCGGCGGCAUCUUCGUGGUGGUGUUCAGCAUGAUCACCUCCGUGGGGCUGUCAGCACUGCAGCACGUCGUGCUGUCGUCACCACGCAACCUGUUCGUCCUCGGCUUCUCCGUCUUCACCGGACUUGCCGUGCCAAUGUGGGUGAAGCAGCACCCGGGGUCACUGAGGACGGGCGUGGCGGAGUUGGACCAGCUGCUGCUAGUGCUGCUGUCUACCUCCAUGUUCGUGGGGGGCUGCCUGGGCUUCCUGCUGGACAACACCGUUCCUGGCACAGCCAGAGAGCGCGGGGUGGUGCAGUGGCGUGCACAGCUACAGCAGUCACAGCAACAGCCACAGCAACAGUCUGAAGCAUCACAGUGUUAUGACUUGCCUUUCGGCAUGAGUCUCCUAAGAAGGUGUGCGUGGGCCCAGCGCGUGCCCAUCCUGCCCACCUUCAGGGGCUGGGGGGCACCGAGGGGGGGCGGCGGGCAGGGGGCAUAGCGCCCCCCGGGCAGCAGUGAGUCAAGGCGGUAGUUUGGAGGGAGGACACACCGCCCCAGGGGAGGACACACAUCGCCCCAGGAGAGGACACAUCGCCC